AUGCCGUGCGCUGUUGCGGAGGAUUCCCCAACAGAAAAUAUAUCAAGUAUACAUUUGAAAUCUGAGCCAAUACAGAACUUAAGUUAUGAUAUUUUUACAAAAGUUGAAUUUGAAGAUAUUCAUGUCAAGAAUGAAGUUUUGGAUAAAGAAGAACUACAUUAUGAGCCGGAAUCGUUUGUUAAGGAUCUGCAAAUAUCCAAGGAAAUCAAGGAUAAAAAGAUAGUGAAAAAGAAAUCGAAACAGAAGAUUAAAUUGAAGACAAAGAUUAAGUCGGAUGCAAGUAAAGUUGAUACAGAUGUAAAGAUGAAAGAAGAUUUCUUCACUUGUCAAGAAUGUGAGAAGAAUUUUGAUGUGAAAUUGGAUUUGGAGAAACAUAUUAUAGAUGAACAUACAGAGAGGAAGGAAGUGCAGAAUAAUGGUGUAAAGGAAUCUUUGCCAGAGAGACCUCAGUGUGUGGAGUGUGGGAAAGUGUUUAGUUCACGGAAAACAUAUAGAUAUCAUUUAAAUGUUCUCCACAAAGGUCAAAAUAGACACCCGUGUCCAAGAUGUGGUAAGGUGUAUCAGUGGAAAUCAAACCUGGGCAGACAUUUGAGGAGUCAUAAGGCUCGUGAUAGUGGUGAGCUACAUUGUCAUACAUGCGACAAGCGGUUCUCCUCAGUGGCUACUUACAGACAACAUCUACGAGUGUCACGAUCACACGUGUCGGAGACGGACUUCACUUUCAUGUGCAACGAGUGUGGCAAGAAGUUUGUGAACAAAACGAGAUUGAGAGACCACAUCGACUGGGAACAUCUGAAUAAAAUUAAAUUCAAAUGUAGCCUCUGUAAUAAGCCGUUCAAAUGUCACACAUCUCUGUACGUACACAUGAAGAACGUGCACAGGGACAAGGAGAAGAAAGACAACCUGUGUCACGUGUGUGGGAAGUCAUACCAGAACUCAGCCAAGCUCCGUUACCACAUAGUAGCGAUGCAUACAAGCGAGACUCCGUACAGAUGCAGUCAAUGUGGGGCGACAUUUGGUUGGUACUCAUCUCUGUACAGACACAUGAGGGAGGUGCAUUAUAAGAUAAAAGUUCAACCGAAGAAAUCUAAAAAGUUGAAGAAAACAAAUGAAGCGUUGCCGACACAGACCGGAUCUGCAUAG